AUGUUAGCUCCUGUCAUUUUUUUGGGCCUUGCUGUCCUCAUUGUUACUUCUGAGGGCACUUAUCCAUAUCCUCCCCCCGUGAAUCCCCACUUCCAGCCUCGUCUGUACCAUGGUUGCUAUGGUGAUAUCAUGAGUAUGGACACUCCUGGAGCCUCCUGUGAUACAGACAGAUUGAUCAACUGUGGGAUCCGUGGCUCAGAAAUGUUUGCUGAGAUGGAUUUGGUGCCUAUGAAGAAAUAUCAAACAAUAAUCAAAGAUGUUGGACAGAAACAAUGUGUGGAUCCUGCUUUGAUUGCUGGAAUUAUCUCCAGAGAGACGCAUGCUGGGUCUGUGCUCCGAGAUGGCUGGGACCAUCAGGGACUUAAAUUUGGUCUGAUGCAGCUUGAUAAACACACUUAUCACCCCACUGGAGCCUGGGACAGUCAAGAGCACCUUACACAGGCUGUAAAGAUCCUAACUGACAAAAUUAAGGCAAUCCAGAGAAAAUUCCCAACCUGGACCAUGAGUCAACACCUGAAAGGUGGUCUCUUUGCCUACAAAUCAGGGAUUGAUGACAUUGUAACCCCUAAUGAUGUAGAAAAUGACUACAUCAACGAUAUUCUUGCCCGAUGCAAAUUUUAUAAGAGACAUGGCUUCUAA